AUGGGUUGCGGAAUGAGCGCAGAGGAGAAGGAGGGUCGAGCCCGUAACGAGGAGAUUGAGAACCAGCUUCGCCGCGACAGAAUGAUGCAGCGCAACGAGAUCAAGAUGCUUCUUCUGGGUGCUGGUGAAUCGGGCAAGUCAACCAUCCUUAAGCAGAUGAAGCUCAUUCAUGAGGGCGGCUACUCCCGCGAUGAGCGCGAAUCUUUCAAGGAGAUUAUCUUCAGCAACACGGUCCAAUCGAUGCGCGUCAUUCUCGAAGCCAUGGAGUCUCUCGAGCUCCCUCUAGAUGACCAGCGCAUGGAAUACCAUGUCCAGACCAUCUUCAUCCAACCCGCCCAGAUCGAAGGCGAGGUUCUUCCUCCCGAGGUCGGCGGAGCCAUUGAGGCUCUCUGGAAAGACGUCGGCGUGCAAAGGUGCUUUAGGCGCUCGCGCGAGUACCAGCUCAACGACUCGGCUAGAUACUACUUUGACAACAUUACCCGCAUCGCCGCCCCUGACUACAUGCCCAACGACCAAGACGUUCUUCGCUCGCGAGUCAAGACCACUGGUAUCACCGAGACGACCUUCAUCAUUGGUGACCUCACCUACCGCAUGUUCGACGUCGGUGGCCAGCGUUCUGAGCGCAAGAAGUGGAUUCACUGUUUCGAGAAUGUCACAACUAUCCUUUUCCUCGUCGCCAUCUCCGAAUACGACCAGCUUCUCUUCGAAGACGAGACUGUCAACCGUAUGCAGGAGGCUCUGACCCUAUUCGACUCCAUCUGCAAUUCGCGGUGGUUCACCAAGACGUCCAUCAUUCUGUUCCUCAACAAGAUUGAUCGCUUCAAGGAGAAGCUACCCAAUAGUCCUAUGAAGAUGUAUUUCCCCGACUACGAAGGGGGCGACGACUACGCUGCUGCUUGCGACUACAUCUUGAACCGCUUUGUCAGCCUCAAUCAGCACGAGAACAAGCAGAUUUACACACACUUUACAUGCGCCACUGACACCACCCAAAUUCGGUUUGUCAUGGCUGCUGUCAACGACAUCAUUAUCCAGGAGAAUCUGCGUUUGUGUGGCCUAAUUUAA